AAGCAUAAUUUUAUUUUUAUUUUGCUGCUGUUCACUAACAAAGGGUAUUAAUGGCAUUAUCCAGAAAAACUGGGUUAUAUAUAUUGAUUAGUCUGAGAGAUGCAGGCAACCUUCCCCCAUCAUCCAUCAUAUGUUAAUCUAAAUGUUAGAGUUUGCAUUAGAUCAUAAUAAAAUACAUAUAGUAGUAUUUAUGAUUACUUCUAAUUCUUUCAUUACUAAAUGUCUGGUGUCUGUUUUACUACAUCCGUAUUGUUUUAUGGAUAGAAUUCUUCUUGGCUGCAGUCCAUUGUUCAGCUGUUAUGGAUCUGGAUGUAGUGACCUUAUCUGCCAUUGCUGUGGGGACACUCGCCGUUCCACUUUUACUUUUCAUGGCAUUCUUUAUGCUGUGGCCUUCAUCACUCAUCAAAGUUUAUUUCUGGUACUGGAGGCGCACUCUGGGUCUGCAAGUGUACCAUGCUGAUUGUGGAGGAUAUCGUUUCUGUUACUCUUCCAGAGGGAGGCCUAGCGUCAGGCCAUCCAUCCUCAUGCUGCAUGAUUUCUCUGCACACAAAGACACAUGGCUCUCUUUGAUUAAGUACCUUCCAAAACAUCUACACCUUCUGUGCAUGGACAUGCCAGGGCAUGAGGGAACAACACGUACCAGUGCAGAAGACUACUCUAUCCAGGGACAGGUUAAGAGAAUACGCCAGUUUGUAGAAACUAUUCAUCUGAACCGGAAACCAUUUCACUUGGUGGGCACCUCAAUGGGAGGAAAUGUAGCGGGAGUGUAUGCGGCUUGCUACCCCUCUGACCUCUGUAGUAUGACACUCAUCUGUCCAACUGGUAUAAAGUACCCUUCCAUGACCAAAUUUGAUAACCAAAUGCAAGAGCUGGCACUCAGUGAGUACACGCUUGGCAUCUCUCUCAUCCCAUCUACGCCACAAGAGAUGGAGGACAUGCUGAAACUCUGUUCCCAUGUACGCUUCAAAGUCCCCCAGCAGAUUCUUCAAGGACUGGUGGAUGUACGACUUCCACACAAUGACUUUUAUCAUGAAGUUUUUAGAGAGAUUAUGAAGAAGAAGUCUAAAUAUGCCCUGCAUGAACACAUGCACCUGAUAACCACCCCUCUUCAAGUCAUCUGGGGAAAGCAGGACCGGGUAGUGGAUGUGUCUGGGGCAUGUUUGCUGGCUGAGGCUCUGUCAAGCUGUCGUGUGGACGUGUUGGAGAAUUGCGGCCAUUCUGUAGUGAUGGAGCGACCCCGACGUACUGCCAAACUGAUCUUAGACUUCAUCAUCUCUCAGCAGAGCUUGCCAAAUACCACAGCUAAGAAGAAAUUCUAAGGCUUCCUUAUAGCCAAGAUAUUUAGCUAAUCCUUAAUGUGUGUUUUGUUUUUGCCUGUGUGAAGGUGUGCCCUGUCAGACAAGGCAGUAAGAUGAUAGCAGUUUGAUCAUAUUUUUUAUCCUUUUGUUAUUCUAAAUCAAAUUAAAUUUUUAUGUAGUAUGAAAUACAUUUAGAUACUGUAUGUUAUUGCUAUAGUUCUCAAAGUGGAGCCUAGUGAUCCUCACGGGUCUGUGAAGCAUAGGGUUUUUUUUUUUUUUUAAAUGAAGUUACAGUGGUGAUCAGGUUCAAUCAAAAUCAAAGAUAGCUAGAAUUGUUAUAAUUAUUAUUAGAUUAUAAAGCUUUUGCACCUAAUACUUUCACACUUUAAUUAAAUAGGCUUAAUCCAAAGUUCAGGAACUUUAAAACAAGUAUGAUGUCAUACUGAAUCUAAGUGCAGUUUAUAAUAAAACAGAGAAAAAUAAUGUUAAUCAAAUCAAUCUACAUUUUAAAGCAGUGUAACUGGUUUAUGUUCUGUGGAUGGAAUGUGCAGGAAUAAAAGGCUCUAAUGAAAUAAAGAUAAUGGUACAUAUGUGCGUAAUGUUUCAAUAGGUGAUUAAGUUUAUAAAA